AUGUCUAUUGGCGGUGAACCAGGCAGCGCGUCCAGAGCUGUCGCUUACUCGCUUCUGCACCGCGCGCAGUACGACGCCUGCGGCACGGCCGUCAUCAUGACCAAGUCGUCGCUCAAGUGCGACACGUGCCCUUCUACGCCAGAGAAAGCUGUUCAUGUCAUUAAUUUACCACAUACACCGAACCGAAUAGCGUAUCAGCAAGUAGAACGAAUCGGAAAAGUCAACCGCGUCUGCGUCAGGAGUUGUACGCGACAGAUAUUUCCUACACACGACAUCGAGCGGCACCGCGCUUACGGCAGUGCCUCGGCACAGAGGCAGGUGCACGCAGCAGCGGCGCUGUCGCAGGCCGCAUACGAGGCGCCGCGCCAGGGCGCAGUGCUCGAGAGCAGCCUGCUGCGUGCGGGCCUGGCCGAGCACCUGAACGCCGAGCUCGUGCUGGGCUCGCUGCCGCGCCCGGACCUGAGCGGUUGCCUCGCCUGGGCCAGGGAGACGUUCCUCCACGUGCGCCUGCUCGAGAACCCCGAGCACUACGGUUUCCCUCCGGGACUUUCCAGAUCGGGCGCUGAGGAGGCGCUGCAUGGACUGUGCCGGGAAGCUAUCGAGGCGCUCUCCGCAGCAGGCCUGGUCAACAUCGAUCGCGACACCGGCUGCCUGCAACCCAACGGCGCCGGCUGCCUGAUGGCGCGGCAGUGCAUCUCGCUGGACACCAUGCGGUGCUUCUCGGAGCUCGGCGGGAAGCUGUCGAUCGCCGACCUGCUGUGGUCGCUGAGCUGCUGCUCGGAGUUCGCCGACGUCCAGCUGCGCAACAACGAGAAGGCGGCACUAAACGCACUCAACGGGAGCCGCCGAAAGCCUGGAAUACGGUUCCCCAUGACUGGCAGGAUCAAGACUACCGAGAUGAAGGUCAACUGGUGGGUAUGUGGAAAGUAG